GGCAUGGUGUUUUCGGAGGCCCUUCUGAGGGAAAUUAAAGAAUCAUUUGUCGACUUCGAGUGUCUGGUGAACGGAUACGCCAUGACCGAGUCCGUGGGUAUCCUGUGCUCACCAUCCAUUCACGCGACCAAAGGUGCGGACGUUGGCUUUCCGGCUCCUUCUUCAGAAAUUAAGAUUGUUGACAUUUCGACACAAAAGAAGUUGGGGCCCAACCAGACGGGUGAAGUGCGCUUUCGCAUUCCGUCUAUGACCAGGGGAUACUACAAGAGGCCAAAAGAGACAGCUGAGCUCUUCGACGAAGAUGGCUGGUGCAAGUCAGGGGACGCUGGAUAUUACGACAACGAUGGAAGGGUGUACAUAGUCCAGCGGCUGAAGGAGAUGAUCAAAUGCUUGGACAAUCAGGUGGUACCUGCUGAGAUCGAAGAACUGGUCCUCGAAGAACACCGGGAGGACAUCUCAGAAGUGGUCGUCGUAGGACUGACUCAUGAUGAGUACGGAGAAGCUCCAGCUGCUUUCGUCGUGCUCAAGAAACAAAGUUCGAAGCAAUAUGACGAAGAACUUGCGAAGAAGAUAAAGACCACCGUUUCGGAUAACCUAGCUGUGCACAAGCACCUCUACGGUGGCGUGUUUUUCAUGGAGUCGCUGCCAAAGACAGAAACCGGAAAAGUCAGCCGCGCAACGCUGGUGGAAGAAGGUGCACGAAGAGGUUUGCUGCGCAGCAACACCCACUCCGCAUAAAUCAAGAGACCAUAUUCUUCACGGCAGCAGUCAUCGUCGGAUAUACGCCGACUUAUGAAUUAUUCCAAAGAUCUAAUUAAGUAACGUCUAUUCUUUUUCUUCUUUUUUGUAUUUUGCUCAGCCACGGUGCAAGUGCUGAAAUCCAUCAUGACAUAAGUGAUUAACGAGAAGUACCAAAACGAAGUAUAAUUUACUACGCAAAGUAUUAUUGCAUCCUAGGAAACCCAGUUUGAGCGUCACGCUUUGGUUUUGUUGUUUAACCCACGUUCGAGGCAUGUGAAGGAGUGCAACUGAAUAGAGACGUAAAAGCAAACAAGUAUCUUACGCAAACGAUGUGGUGCGCGUUUGAAGUUACAAUGAUUGAGUUUAUUACGCUUAACGUGCGACCCAAGGUAGGCAAAGAUAUACACGGUACUAAGGUGUGGCAGUGGUUUGGAAUGAAGUGUUCAUCGCCUGCGUCGCCCCGUCGGUGUUUUCGCAAGUCUUACAAAGGUGGUCUUGUCUAAGUACGGUGUGCAUCCGCAUCUGUUGCAGUGAUCUGCCUAAUGUCCCCCAGAUUAGUUUCUAAUUUUAAGGUCAUUUUAACGUAUACGUCAACUAGCAGCGAAGCUUUCACAUACGCCCAUGUGUUUAGAAGACGCGGAGUGGUGCCAGCGUCGCCAUCUGGGUGUCGAGGGGAAAGUUUUACAAAGCAAACAAUACAAAAAAUGACGUCACGCCCUAAGCAAAAGUUCUGUCGGGACGUCAUGCUCCUUUUUCUGAAAGUUUAAGUUAUUUUAAGGUAUCUUAAGUAUUUUAAGAUUAAUAAGUAUGUUAUAUGGCGAGAAGUAUUAUUUUUCUUCUUUGAUCUUGCAGCUCCCCGCGCGCGUCUAAACUUGCUUGCGCAAUUUUCUUAAGAAUGCGAGCGAAUAGAAUAGGGAUGACUGACAAUGAUAGAGUGAUUUAAAAUAUAAGUUUUAUAAUGGGGCGUUUGAAAUCAGUCCGCAGGUACGCAGUACAGGUUUUAUAAAACAGACACAGUGACAGCAAGCGAACCGACAAUGGCAGGAAACAGCCGGAAACUUUGAGCUUCAUCAAUCGUCAUCUUCUUGCAUGAGCAGUGCGCUCUGCUUCUCCAAAUAGUGACAAUAUUAUUCACUAGAGUUUACGUUUAUUCGCCCAGAAAUAAGCGCCCAAUAUACAUGACAGAGGAAAACUAUUACGUUUCAGUAGGUGACAAGUAUAGUAUGGCUAGAGCGUGGCCGACACACAGUCACAACGUAGCUAUUCUUGCGAAACCUGUUCAGAUAAUUAUUGAAACACUUGCUAUGCUGUGCAAUAAAAUAUAUUCGUGACUGCACUUAACAGGCAAUGAAGCUUUGCACUAUAUCAUUUGCGCCAUGUUCAUCCCGUCAGACUAUAAGGUAAGCAAGGUCUUCCCUGUUAACAAAUCGGGCAGUUGUUCACAUGCUUUGAAAUAUCGACCUAUUUCUUUAACGUGUCUUGCAUGUAAAGUUUCAGAACAUAUGCGUUAUACCAGUGUCACACGAUGACUAUUGAUCGCGAUCAAACCCGAUCCUGAUUGAAAUUUUCGACUGUGAUUGGCUCCCUCGCACAGCAUGGGCAAAGGCUCUAAUCACGACCGAGAAAUUCGAUCCGGAUCAGGCUUGAUCGCGAUUGAAAGUGCGCCGUGUGACACCGGCAUUAUUCUCAAAUAGCCUUCUGAGUUCACCAGUGGACCUUCAUUUUAAUAUUGAUUACUUUUAUUGCGAUAGCAAUUAUAUGGCUAUUUAACUCUUAUGUAUUCGGCAAAACAGUAGCGUUUAAUCAAUAACUGUUACCUGCUGCCAUUGACGACGAAAAUGAACUUCCAGAUUAGAUUGUAAGUCCGAGGAAAGCCCGAAAACACAAGGAACUAUUUUUUACUUACUAGAAGUGGUGAAAUCGCCGAAGUGGUUUAUCUUGAUUUCAUAUAUAGUAUUCACAGAUUCAUAUAUCCUGUUGUUUAUUGUUUUCUGUAUUCUGCUCCGCAACCCUCUUUCAUUAUAUUUUGAUCUCUUUGCCUGUAUUGGCGUACGCUUAUAAACUUAUCAAAUAUUUCUUCUAUUUGCUCCUCCCUUAUGGAAUUCCCCACUUGGGCCUUCAAUGGCAAAAUAAAUGAAAUAA